UUAAAAUAGUAAUAUUUCGAACUACAUAUAUUAGUUCGGUUAGCACCACAACAAGAAGAUAAAGUAUGAAUAACUGUUUGUACAAAACAGUGUCACGAUCUUUCAAUUUUCCUUUUGUUAGGGAAGAUAUACAAAAAUAGCUAUUAGAUGAAGGUCUAAACAACAGUGAACGUAAGAAUACAUUAUCGAAGCAGUUUAUCGAUAUCAAAUAAAACUUUGGUCAGUAUCUUCUUCGUCUUUGUGUUGCUUCCGGUCAGUACUGCUACCCGAUGCGUUCUUUGCGGUAGCAUAACAAUAUCAUUAUUACUAUAUCAGCAGUCGAUAAUGUUCGUUGGGCAUAAAGGGACGGAAAUGUCCCUAAAAUACGCCGCCAUCCUUUGGAGGUGAAGGAUGCGAAACGCAUUUGUUAACGUCCAAAGUCUGGGAAACAGUUUAUGUUAUGUUAUUACUAUAUCUACAUUGCUGCUACCUGAUGCGUUCUUCGCGGUAGCAUUUUUCAUCAUCGACGCACGUCGACGAUCGCAGAUACGUCGUUAUGUAUUUAGUUAGAGCGAAAUAGCGAGGGGAUUUGUUGCGUUGAGAUUUUCGGUUUUUCUAAUUUCCUCGAUAUAAUAGUCGUUUUCUCAAGUGUCACGAUUGUGCUCCUAUCUCUUGAGUCGAUUGACCUUAUCACGUUAGCUAGAUUAGCGUCAAUCGUUCUUGGCAGUGUCAGCCGACAGUGAACGUAUUCCGUCUGUCAUCUCGAAAAUGACUGUUACCGUGGUCCAGGCAAAACUAGCCUCGAUGAUCGCUAUCGCUGCCGGUAGCUUCAUCGUCGGCGUUGCACCCUCGUGUUUCGUUUCGCGUGUACGUUAUCUACAGCAGAAACUAUUACUUUCGUGUACUCUUUGUUUCGGUGGUGGUGUACUGCUUGCAACCGCGAUUCUUCACAUGUUACCAGAGAUCCGCGAGUCUAUGCCCGAGUACGCGGAGCUACUCUUCUCUUGCGGUUUUCUUCUAUUGUAUUUCAUAGACGAGUUUGUUCAUUACUUUUGGAAUAUCGACGAUCGAUCUGCGACGCAUUUGAACAAUUGUAAACCCGCCGAUUGGAACACGGCAAGUCAAGUAGAGCGUUGCAGAAGUCAUUCACACCAGGUCGGGCCUGCCAUUGUCAAUCGGAAUACUACCAGAAGUGUUUCUAUAUUCGACGUAAAUCCGUAUCAGACAAAUCUUAUCGGAAAUGGAACGAAUAAUUCCACUUCAAGAACUUCUACGUAUGGAGCAGUGCAGUAUGGACCUACCGCUCCUAACUUUACCAACGAAGAGACCUUCUUAUGCCAUGGAAAUCACUCGGAACCCUGUGCAAAUUCGAACGCCAACCUUAUGGGUCUUUUAUUAGCGCUUACCGUUCAUGCUAUUCUCGAAGGAUUGGCGGUUGGUCUGCAGAAAGCAUUGUCCGAGGUCUUUCUGCUGGUUGGAGCAGUGGCCUCUCAUAAGUUCGUAGUCGGUUUUUGUUUAGGAUUAGAAUUAGCUGGAGCCAAUAGUUCUGUUGUUAGACUGGUGUUGGCAAUUUUCGUAUUCUCAGCUGGAUCUGCCCUCGGUAUAGGGAUUGGAAUGCUAACGAUGCGAGCGAACAACAAAUGGACGAAAAUCGUGGCACCGAUUUUGCAAGGCUUAGCAGGAGGAACCUUGUUGUAUGGGACGGUCAGUGAAAUUUUGCCGAGGGAAAGAGCAAGAUGGCACAGCAGCGAGCGUCGUUGCGCGGGUAUUUUACAGUUUACCUCUGUGAUCCUCGGUUUUGUCCUUAUCUACAUUCUGAAUAAUUACGUGGGUUCGUAAUUUCGAGUCUACGUUCAUUCUGUCGAUGAUUAACAGAGUAAAACGAAAUUAUGUAUACGCAGAGUGGUAAUAAUCUUAAAUCAUCAUUUUUUAUACUUAUUCGUGUUAUUACUUUUUUUAUUUUUGAGAAGACUUAAAAAUUCUUUUUAUUUCACAUUACAUAUAAUAAUAGAUAUGAUUUGUACAAUGAAAUCUAACAGAAGAUUUAAACUACAUUCAUGAAAAUACUGAUAUUAUAAAAUGCAUUCAUCAAGAGAUUUCUGUCCAAAAGUAAGCAGUUCUAACUGCACGGUCAUUUUGAUUCAAAUGUACUACUUACACUUGAAAACAAAUUAUUUGUAUCUGAUAAAGUUUUAAUUACGGAUCAAAAUGAGCCUGCAUUCGCUUCAAUCUUGUUGUCAGAGCGUUCAUCUUCCAGAGUUUGACUCUCCUAUUGGGUCACUGUAAAUCCGAACACAGUAGGAGGGUUCAGUGUUCUUUUUGCGCUUCGGUCAUGGAAUUUAAACAACGACGAUUCUCGUUAGUUUUCGAUACGAAUCUUUCUUUUCCUUUGGCACGAACGGAUUCUUUAGAGGAUCCUCAUUUAAUCUGAAAUAAAUAAAAUGUACCUGUUGUUAAUCUCUUCCCAA